AUGUCUUCUAAACCUGCACCCAAGAUUUAUGGCGAGCUCGUUAUUGUGGUGCUCAAAGCAAAAAACUUGGUAAAUCGCGAAGCUAUUGGGAAAGCGGAUCCAUUUGCCACUUUUCGUAUUGGUAGCAAUGCUAAAAGAACAAAAACUGAUAAACGUGGUGGACAACAUCCAGAAUGGGACGAGGAGAUACGUUUUCAAUUGACAGAUGAACCCAGUAAUAAAAAAAUGAAAAUACAAGUGUAUAAUGAGGAUAAACGCGAGCAUGAUUUAAUUGGAGAAACGGUGAUUGAGUUGAAUAAAGUUUUAACAGAGGGAGAGUGGGAUGAAGCAGGUGAAAUUUUUCUGGAAAUAACUUUUUAUCGUGCCGGUAAACCACCGUCAGAUGCAAAUCCACAAGAAAUAAAGAAUCAAAUUAAUACACCAAGCCACCCACCAGUAACAAAUCCUCACCAGCAACCACCAUAUAACAAUUUAACGCAUACAUCAUCUUUAUCAGCACACACAUCUCCUAACAUAGCAACAGCUUAUCCACAGCAACCCGUUAGUUCUCAAUAUCCUCCUCCGCUUUCUACUAGUCCGAAUUCUGCACCAGCUGCAAUCAAUUAUCAACCUCAAAAUAAUGUUUAUCCUCCGGUGAAUAAUUCUACUUAUCCGCAUCCUCCUGUACAACAGAUGUCGGGAACUUUUUAUUCGCCUGCAAUCCAAAGCAGACCACCUCCACAACAUCAAGCCACGCUACCUCUUCAGCCACCAGCCACGUCUGGAUAUCCGCCUGCAAGUGGUAUUUCUGGAUAUCCACCAAUCAAUUCUCCGCCCAUACAGUCUUCACCUUUGCCUAUGUCUUCACCUUUGCCACUUCUUAAUAGUCCUCCUCCAGUAAAUGCAAGUGUUCCCAUGGCCUUCCCUGUUCCAGUUGCAACGCCCUCUGGUGGUGGAGGUUAUCCUUCUAACGUUUAUCCCCCGAUUAAUCAAUAUAAUUCUGGUUAUCCAAAUAAUAAUGUUUAUCCAAAUCAGCAAGCAUAUCCUCCUACUAAUGUUUACCCCCCGCCUGCUCAGGCUGGAACUCAACCAUAUCCACCGCCACAAUUUGGUCAAGCUUACCCUCCUUAUUCAUAA